UUUACCACAGAAUAUCCUGUAGUUAGGAUAUUCUGUGGUUUUACUUUUACAUCUGGACUAAUCUGGAGAAUUGCGAGAUUCAGUUUCCCUGUUUUUGUCUGCAUUUAAUUAGAUAAGUGUGUUAAGCAGAAAUAUGGGUAUAUUAGAAAAAAUUUCAGAGAUUGAAAAAGAAAUAUCUAGAACACAAAAAAAUAAAGCUACUGAAUAUCAUUUAGGUCUUUUAAAAGCAAAAUUAGCCAAGUACAGGUCGCAGUUGUUAGAACCAUCAAAAAAAUCGGAAAAAGGAGAAGGUUUUGAUGUUCUAAAAAGUGGAGAUGCUAGAGUAGCUCUAAUCGGAUUUCCUUCUGUAGGAAAAUCUACUUUACUAUCCACAUUAACAAAGACUGAAAGUGAAGCUGCUUCAUAUGAAUUUACAACUUUAACGUGCAUACCUGGUGUGAUAGAAUAUAAUGGAGCAAAUAUACAGUUAUUAGAUUUGCCAGGUAUUAUUGAAGGAGCUGCUCAAGGAAAAGGAAGAGGUAAUAAAAUAAUUAACAUUUGCUUUACUUAUUACAGAUAUUUAAAUAAUAAAAAAUGUGAUUAUUUAUCUAUCUCAUCUUUGAUAGUGGAAUUGAUUGUGAUGUUUGAAUUUAACGUCAGAUUUAAGAUUUUUUUGUCAUGUAUGAUAAUUCCAUUUCAUCGUCUUUUUGAUUAUAAAACCAAUUUUUUAUUACAACAGUUACAAGCAUAUGCAUCAAUGUUUACUAAUAAAAAGUUCUCUUCAGACAAUAGUUUGGAGAUAUAUUGUACAUGUUCAUAUUAGCCAAUUCUUUUUUUUGUUUUUCGGUAAGAAGAGAUUCA